CAAAAUUCUGCAUUUUAAUGUAGGACAGGAAAUAUGAAAAGAGCCGGGCAGAACCCAAACAGCCCCGCCGGCCAGGCCGAGCAGCAGGGAGCGAACCAAAGGCUUUGCCUGGCUCAUCCAUCCGCCCACCUGGGAUUUUCCAGGCUCUGGAAGCCGCAGCUCCUCUGCUAACAAGUUUUUAAAGGGUCACACUGCUGCUUCCCUCAGCAGCAGCUCUGCAGAGGGAUUUUUGUUCCUUCCUUCUCUCCCGUGCUGCAUUUCCUGACUCCACAGUGGGAUGGGUCGGUUGAAAAAGAUUCUCAUUCCCUCUCUGGGAUUGGUUUUGGCCUUCUGGUUCUAUUCUGCGAGGGACACUUUCAAACCGGAGAUGCUGCGGGGCAAGCGGGUGAUCGUGACGGGAGCCAGCACGGGCAUCGGGGAGCAGAUGGCUUAUCACCUGGCCAGGAUGGGCUCCCACGUCCUGCUCACGGCACGCACAGAGGCCAGGCUGCAGAACGUGGUGCGGCGCUGCCUGGAGCUGGGAGCAGCCUCGGCGCGCUUCGUCAGCGGCACCAUGGAGGACACGGCCUUCGCCCAGCACGUGGUGAGGGAGGCCCAGGCUGUGCUGGGAGGCCUUGACAUGCUGAUCCUUAACCACGUCGGUGCAUCCUACUUUGGCUUUUUUGAUGGGGACGUGGAGCACGUCCGAAAGCUCCUGGAAAUCAACUUCCUCAGCUACGUGGCCAUGACCACGUCAGCCCUGCCCAUGCUGAAGGAGAGCGAGGGCAGCAUCGUGGUGGUUUCAUCCAUGGCAGGUAAAGUCGGGUUCCCCUUUACCGUCCCCUACUCUGCGACUAAGUUUGCCCUGGAUGGAUUUUUCAGCUCCCUGAGGCAGGAGUUCGCCAUUCAGAGCAUCAAUGUUUCCAUCACGCUCUGCAUCCUCGGCUUCAUCGACACGGAACGCGCAGUGCGCGCUGCCGCGGAGGUGCUGGCGGAGCGUCCGGCGCCGCGGGACGAGUGCGCGCUGGAGAUCCUCAAGGGCGCGGCGCUGCGCCGGAGGGAGCUCUACUACCGCUACAGCUCCACGCGGCUGCCGCUGCUGCUGCGGGACUGCGCCGCCGAGCUGCUCGACUACCUGGUGCGGAGCCGCUACCGCCUGCCCGCGACCCCCGGAGCCCCCCGCCCGCAGCACUGAGCCGCGGCCCCGCAGGGUCCCCGGAGGGUCCCCGCAGGGUCCCCGGUCCCGGAGGGUCCCCGGAGGGUCCCCGGCCCCGGGAAGGUCCCCGGCCAUCCCCGUUCCUGGCCGCCGUCGCCGCCGCCCGGUUCGUGAUGCGCUGGCGGCACCCGCAGGGACAGAGCGGGACCCGCAGCGGCGGCUCCGCGCCCUGAUCGCCCCGCCCGGCCGCGGAACACUCGUUGUUGAGCUAAUUUUUAAAUAAAGUGUAUUAACCGGA